UUACUCAUUAACUGCGCGGUCCCGAGCGCCCGCGGCUGUGAGCCGGAAUCCCGGUUACCUGUCGGGGGGGCGCGCGCGGCCGGGAGCUGGGGACCUGCGGUCGCGGAGGGGGUGGGGGUCUAAGAGUUCCCCGAACAAGUGUGCAGCCCCGCGCUGCGCGGGACCUGGAGCAGGGUGAAGCCGCCGUAGGCUUGGACCUGGGGUCGUAGAAAAGGACAAGCGAGGCUCGGUGCCGAGGCGUAGAGGUCACGCUCGGCGGGUUUCGGCGAAACCUGGGGGACCGGAGCGAGCGCCCGGAGUCGCGCGCCUUAGGGUGGCAGCGCAUUUCAGCCUGACUUUUGUUUCGGGGAGUUGAGAAGAGCUGCACCGACGUAAUUGUAAUUACACUGCCCUUUCAGCGUUGACAACUCUCUGACCGCCCUGGGACCAGCCGGCUCUAAUGGACUCUAGAAGUGAUGAUGUUAGGUGGAAUCUGCAGCACGUGAAGAGUUGCCAGUUGUUAUGGGAUUAAGAAAACAAAUCUGUAAUGGCUAAAGGGUUAUCUUAUGAUGAGGCUUUUGCUAUGGCUAAUGACCCCUUGGAAGGCUUCCAUGAAGUAAACCUUGCUUCACCUACUUCUCCAGACCUUCUUGGUGUGUAUGAAUCAGGAACUCAAGAGCAGACUACCUCACCAAGUGUCAUCUACCGGCCACAUCCUUCAGCUCUGUGCUCUGCCCCCAUUCAGGCUAAUGCCUUAGAUGUUUCCGACCUUCCUACACAACCUGUGUAUUCAUCCCCCAGACGUUUAAAUUGUGCAGAAAUAUCUAGUAUCAGCAUCCAUGUUACAGAUCCAGCGCCUUGUUCUACCUCUGCAGUCACAGCUGGGUUAACUAAAUUAACUGCGAGAAAGGACAACUGUAAUGCAGAGAGGGAGUUUUUACAGGGUGCUACUAUACCAGAGGCUUGUGAUGGCAGUGACGAUAUAUUUGGGUUGAGUACUGAUAGUCUGUCCCGUUUACGAAGCCCAUCUGUUUUGGAAGUCAGAGAAAAGGGCUAUGAAAGAUUAAAAGAAGAACUUGCAAAAGCUCAGAGGGAACUGAAGUUAAAAGAUGAAGAGUGUGAGAGGCUUUCUAAAGUGCGAGAUCAACUCGGACAGGAACUGGAGGAGCUCACAGCCAGUCUGUUUGAGGAAGCUCAUAAGAUGGUGAGAGAAGCAAAUGUUAAGCAGGCAACAGCAGAAAAGCAGCUAAAGGAAGCACAAGGAAAAAUUGAUGUACUUCAAGCUGAAGUAGCUGCAUUGAAGACACUCGUAUUGUCCAGUUCUCCAACAUCACCCACACAAGAGCCUCUGCCAGGUGGAAAGACACCUUUUAAAAGGGGGCAUACAAGAAAUAAAAGUACAAGCAGCGCUAUGAGCGGCAGUCAUCAGGACCUCAGUGUGAUACAGCCAAUUGUAAAAGACUGCAAAGAGGCUGACUUAUCUCUGUAUAAUGAAUUCAGAUCUUGGAAGGAUGAUCCCACAAUGGAUAGAUCGUGUCCUUUCUUAGACAAAAUUUAUCAGGAAGAUAUCUUUCCAUGUUUAACAUUCUCAAAAAGUGAGUUGGCUUCAGCCGUUCUGGAGGCUGUGGAAAACAAUACUCUAAGCAUUGAACCGGUGGGAUUACAACCUAUUCGAUUUGUGAAAGCUUCUGCAGUCGAAUGUGGAGGACCAAAAAAAUGUGCUCUAACUGGCCAGAGUAAGUCCUGUAAACACAGAAUUAAAUUAGGGGACUCAAGCAACUAUUACUAUAUUUCACCCUUUUGCAGAUACAGGAUCACCUCUGUAUGUAACUUCUUUACAUACAUUCGAUAUAUUCAGCAGGGGCUCGUGAAACAGCAGGAUGUUGAUCAGAUGUUUUGGGAAGUUAUGCAGUUGAGAAAAGAGAUGUCAUUGGCAAAGCUGGGAUAUUUCAAAGAGGAACUCUGAUGCUCUCUGCCUGGGACCAUGCAUGAACCUCCCUGAAUACCUGGAAAAUGGCUGAAUAUUUUUAUGGUUACUUGAUAUUUAUUACCAAGGAGUGGGCCCGAGACUUUUUCCCUCUUUUGCAGAUUACACUAAGAAGUACUGUGAUUUCUUUUAAAUUGACCUAUGCUGUGUUUGCUUACUCUUUAGUUGAACACACUAUAGAGAAUUACAGGUGUACUAGUGAUUGUAAUUUAUAGUUGCCCAAAAAACAAAAAUAAAAGCUAAAUAAAUAAGUACAUAAAUGUUAGAUUGAA